AUGAAUACCGUCAUCAAAUUCAAUUCAUUUAUUUCAAUUCUCUUAUUAUUCUCUUUAUUCACAUUAUUUAAUGAAGUAACUGCUCUUGCUAUUCAAAAUCGAGCAGGAGUUCCAGAAAAUUUUUGUGAUGGAUUUGGAUUCACCACUCCUAAAGCUGGUGCAGAAUUGAUAAAUGGUACAGAAACAAAUGUAGUUUGGACAAAAGGAAAAUCUCUAGUGACAGAAAUAUAUGACCUUGAAUUAUUUAAUGAAAACGGAGAUUUUGUUAGUUCUUUAUGGGAUAAAGGUAUUUCUUUUGGUUCCGGAGAAGAAGCUUUGCUAUCUUUGACACUUGAAGUCCCUUCGUCCGCUACAUUACCUGGUAAAUUUAUGUUUAGAAGUUGGGCCACACAUGAUGGAGGCCCGGAUUGCUUCAGACUUAGUGAAGUUUUUACUAUAAAUCCUUAG